GAAGUUGUUGAAGACUCGUACUGGUUAUGGCUCCCCUUGCACGCUUUACACUAGGGUCUCUCUGGUCGUGGAGGCCCUUAAUGGCGGCCUUUGAGAUCAGAAGAUGCUUUCGAUCAAGAGCAGCACUUGACGCCCUAACAAUGGCGAUCAAAGAAGAAGCUCCCAAUCUCAUUCUUUACAAUUACCCUUCUUUCUCUGGAGCUUUUGCAGCUCUCUUUGCACACCUCUAUCAUUCAAGGAUGGGCCUUCCUUACCUCAUUUUGCCCUAUUCCCAAGUGGAGCCUUUCAGGAUUGAAGAUUUUAACAUGAAAGGUGUUACUACUUGUUAUCUCCUUGAUUUUGUUGGACCUAAAGGCUUUGCUGUAAAGCUCUCACAAGUAUCACAUGGUGUUGUCAUUUUUGAUCACCAUAAAUCUGCGAAGGCCCUACUCUCCCCUGUAGAAGAUUGUCCUGAGAACUUAUCAGUGCAUUACGACAUCACCAAGAGCAGUUCAUUGCUUGCAUAUGAUUAUUUCUCUGAAUUGCUUAACCAAAAUCAAUUAUGUAAUGACCAGAAUGGUAAACUAUCAUUGGUGAUUAGUGAUGACGUAUGGCAGCUGAAAAUGCUUCUCAAGUACAUCGAAGAUGCUGAUCUUCAGCAAUGGGAGCUAUCUGAGAGUAAUGCAUUUAAAAUCGGGCUUAGCAGUAUGCGUUCAAAACUGAAUUGCAUCACCAAUCCAUACAUAUUUGACCAGUUGCUUGAAAUGAGUCAUACAGAGUUCAUUGCCAAGGGACGUUCGUACAUUGAACACCGACAGGAUGCUGCCAAUAAGUUAUUGGACGGGGCUUUCAAAAUUCGUUUGGGAAAAGGAUUCUAUGGAGAGUGCCUGGUAAUGAUUUUAUUGUUAUAUUGAUUAGAUUUUCGAAGUCUGUAAGCAGAGAAACCGUUCUUUUUUGUAUGUAUUUGUCAUUAGUAGGUUGCCUAGCAAUGAUUUCAUUGUAAUAUUGAUGAUAUUUUAGAAGUCUGUAAGCACAGAAAAUUACUCUCAAGUAUUUAUAAUUCUUAGAUUUCAUGGUAACGACUAAGGGCAAACAUGCAAUUUAUUGUGUUUCUGCUGUGUAUAUCUUUGUUAUCAAUAUUAUGCUGUUGAUCCAUGUAACUAGGGGGAUGUUAAUUUUGUACCUAUAUAAGGCCCUCUGUGGGUCCUAAAAGCUAGUGAUGAAAAAAUCACCAAAUCGGAUCGUAAUAAUCUGAUCUGACUUAGAAUUGGGAAGUCAGAACCAUUGAAUCGCCCCUAUAUUCAGAAAAUUGGCUAGUUCACCAUAGCGCACUGGGUUGUUUUCGGCUAAAAAUUGGGAACCGGGCGAUUCUUGAAAAGUCGCUCGAUUUUCCAAACUCCGUCAUUGCAUCCUUGAAUAAGAAUUGGAUGUGGUUUUUCCUUCCAAUUGAUUGAUUUCUCUAUCGUUUUAACCUAUGUUUCUCUAAAAACAGGUGUCCCCUAUAUAUUUUCUCUCUUUUCUAGUUUGUUUUACGUUCUCUCCAUCUUGGAAGGCCAUUCAUCUUUGGUUCUUUCUUUGAUCAUGGUUUUUCUUUCUAUUUCUCUUAUUGAUUUCCUUUAAAUCUCAAAAUUUUUUGGUGUAUUUCUGACGUAGAGGUUCUUAGGGAUGUAGUUUUUCAAAUUUGGGGCUUCUUCUGUUUCUCUUCUAUUUCCCUUUCUCUAGCAAAUGAUUUUUUCUUAAAUCUAUGGCUUUUCCUUUGAUUCAUUAAUCAAUCUCCUUUGCAUUAUAGUCUUUCUCCUUUGUUUGAUUUUAACUAUUUUCUUUUGUAUAUAUGGUUUCUUCUGAUUCCAUCCUAUCUUGAGCAUCCUUACUUUGGAAAAUAUCAUUUGAAUUGAACUUCCAAACAAGAAAAGUCAGCUCUCUCUGUUCUAAUCCUUUUAAAACAACAUUAACCUAUUUUUGAAAAAAUCACUUUUGAGGCAAUUUCAACUGGAUCGCCUUGAAUCAGAGAUCUGACUCGAAACUGACAAUUUGACAUGGAUUUUCAGUUGACUGAGUCGGACCCUGCCUCCUAUUUUUUAAAAUCUGGUAAAAUCCACUUCCAUUUUUUUCUCGUUGUAGCACAUGGCUCGGAUAAUCGAACCUAUUUUGGGUUUCAUGGAUGUUUGGAUCUUUUGCCUCUAAGAAACCUUAUUCUUGCAGCUGGUCUUCCUUUAUUGUACUUAGAAUUAUACCAUGCCAUGAAGAUACUGGGAGAAGGUUCUGUCCUUCAUAGAUGUUAUUUGUAAGUGGUCUACUAUAAAAAAAGUUUAUUGACCUAACAAAUAAAUGAAUAAAAAAAAAGAAAAUAGAUCAGUUUAUUGAUUUGUGGUUUUCUAUUUGUGAUUUAUGGAUCCUACACCUUAAGAUGUAUAAGUUUGCUUGCUUUUGAACUGCUAAGGGACAUGACUGGAAUUUAUCGUGUUAUUCAGAUAUUGCAUUUUUUCCUUUUGAUCAAUUUUUAUAUUUUACUGGAAAAAGAACAAUAAGAUUGGUUCUGUAUUGGGUUCCCAUUCUCUGGCGAUGAGGGUUCAUUUUGGAGAACAAUUCCUCCAGGUCCAUCAACUCUGUAAAUUCAGAAACUAGGAAAUGCUUUAAAUAUUAGGAGCAGGCUUCAUGGGUUGGGGCGGUGAAACUGCAAUGUGGUCUUGAGGAUUCCAAUCCCACGUCAUACCUGCCCAAAGAUAAACAAAUAGUUAAGGAAAUGUUUUAUAUAUUAUUAAUACAAAGGGACAAGAAGUGUAACUCUUGAUGUAUUUUGUGGUUAUUCUAGCCUGGUGUUAUAGUUGCAAUAACCUUGAAAUCGAUUAGCUUACUGCUCCAAAUAACUGAUCCUAGAUUUUUUUAACUGAAACAUCUGGGAAUCACAUUUCGAGGAACUCUGCAUCAUGUGUUAGUGUACUCCAUACCAUGCUCCCAUCUUCUUGUGAUCGUGAUCGUGUUUAGUCCAAAUUGCAAUUCCAUGACAAUUGAUUUUUAUUCUGAAGUAUGGAGAACUAGGGAUUGGAGAUGUAACUGAUGCUCUUUGCUGAAAGUUAAGGAUAAUUUCUUCAAUUAUGAUUGUAAUUAGGGAAUAAAUUAAUUAAGAAAUUAAUGAUGGUCUCUUUAAUUAUGAUGGUAAUUAGGGAAUAGAAUAUAACACAUGUGAAAUGGUACUAUGAUCCACAUCACCACAUGAAUAUGUGGUCAUGGGGGUCGUCACUGUUCAUCCAAUCAAUAUGUUGGAUGGUUAAUGGUAAUGGAAAGAGAGUGGGCCACCAACAUGACAUGAGCUCCAAUAUGGUGUUCUAUUGUGUGGCUCCAUUCAACUCAUUGGAUAAUGAUGACCCUCACAGUCACAUCUUUCAUGUGGUCAUGUCAAUCAUGUCAUACUUUCCCAUAACAUAAAAGCAAAUUUGAUUAUUCAAAGAAAGGUCAUUAUAUGUGAUUCACCUUGUACUGCACACGAACACACAAAAAACUUUU